ACCCGGUGGAGAUGGAGUACCAGGAGGCGGUGAGUAAGGUGACCCUGCAGCAGGUGGUGGGGGACCUGGAGCCCUCCACCAGCUACAGCUUCUACGUCAAGGCCUACACCUCCCGGGGGGCCAGUAAGCCCUCCAACCCCGCCACCCAGAGCACCCACGGAGAAGUGCCGCCCGCCCCGUCCUUCUCCACACGGAGGAUCAACAGCAGCGUGGUGCAGGUCCUGUGGGAUCCCUCCUCCAAGAUGGGCCCUAACAGCGGCUUCAGGCUCUUCUACAGACGGACCCAUGCGCCCCAGUUCACCGGCCCCUUGCUGUUCCCCCGCAACGCGUCCCGCUACAACAUCUCCCAGCUCGAUCCUUCUCUGGUCUAUGAGAUCAAGAUGCUCGCCUUCAACCAGCACGGAGACAGUAACACCACCGUGCGCUUCGUGUCACUAAGGGAGACGGUGGAGAAAUCAGGAUGUGUGUGUGUCUCCUCAGUGCUGAGCACGCCGUGCGACUGCGUGAGGGACGACUACGCCAGGACGUCCACCACAGGCAUCAUCAUCGGCAUCCACAUCGGCAUCACCUGCAUCAUCCUGUGUGUGGUCUUCCUGGUGUUCAGCUACAGGGGCAGGUUAUUGAUGUGCAAGACAGUCCAGGCCACCCCCCCAGCCGGGCGGUCCUCUGUGCUGGAGUCGUCGUCGUCCCAGGGGGCAUCAGGGAUGAUGAGGGCCCCCUCCAGGAGGGAGGUGGAGGGGAACGGCAGCGUGGCCUGCAAGAGCUUCCCUGAGAGCAACGAACUGCAGAGACUCUUCUCCUCUGGUCCCAAACCGGGAGACACGUUCAUGUCAGAAAACACCAUGCAGCUCUCUACAAUACCCCUCGACGAGUUCAGCUUGGAGAGAGACACCGAGGCGCAGUUCCAGCAGCCGCCUGCAGAGGGCGUUCCGCGUCAGGACCAAGGCUAACGAUGUAUGAAGGCCGAUUUCUCACACCACUCUCCACAGUGGCGUGGACUCUUUCGCUCACUCAGGUUACACCUUUUUUUCCUUUAUUUUUUUAAAUCAAUAAGUUACAAAUUAUAUAAGGUCCGAGACCGAGCCCUGCCGUGCAUGUGGCCCGGUAUUGGAAAGCUAUCGGAGGAAAAGGUGCUCGCAGUUAGCUUUGCAAGGCCGCUGAACGGUCGGCUCGGUUAAUUCGGUACUUCUGAAUUUUUUUUCGGAUUUUCCUUGAUUCAUUUUUUUCCGUUUUAAUUGCCAGCGGCACGCUGUCCGAAUAUUGAAAUCUCUAAAUAUAUAUAAGUGCUACAUGAUGCGUAUUUAUUGGUGUUAGCACUACUUCUAGCGGAUGUGAUAGACUGCUGCUGUCCACACUCCUCCUACCCAUGAUUCCUCAGCCUCGGCGCCAGAAGACUUUGGCGCUCCUCCAGGGAGUUCAUAGAUUCUGUCUCAGGACUUAGUUUUUUUCAUAUCAGCAGUUUAUAUUUUCAGUUUUUUUAUUUUUAUUUUUUCAGCCUUCGUACACGCGAUAGCCUUGGCUAUGUGAACUUUUUAGGACUGAACAAAAACCUACCUCAGCCGUGAUGAAUGUGUUGUGUGGGAAGCUUUAGGCGUGUGUCUUCCCCUUGUGUUCAAUGACUUUACAUGCGGAAGGACGGACUCGACAGGAAGCCCCAUGAUCAGGUGCCGUGCUACCUCAGAUGUCCCCCAACUGUCACCCCCCCUCCCCCUUCAUCCUCCCAACCAGCCCCCCGCCCCCCUGCUCCUGCUCCUGCUCCUCAAAGCGGAACAAAAGAAAAAGAAACGGAAAUCCAACAUAAAGCACUUCCAAACGCUGAAGUUCAAAGUUCUACCUCAAGAAGAUGUUGUUUGCGCUGUCGUUGUUGUCGUUGUUGUGUCUGAGUGUCUGUGUGUUGCAUAAUGAGAUGUCCCAUUCUCUGAGCCUCGGCCCUCUUUUACAACCAUUGUCAGUAGCUCCCGAGAGCUGAAAGGCUAACAAGAUCGAUUUCUUUAAUUGUUAUAUGUUUUAUAGUGUUCCAGCGUAGUCUUUUGGGAUUUUGUUUUAUUACUCGAAGAUCAAAUUCAGUCUCAGUUGCUGCAUUGGAAUAAAAAGACUGUUAUUGAAUCAUUGCACCACUAAGAAUACUUUUCAGGAAUAUCUACUGCAAAGCGAUAUAUGCUACUUAUGAUGGAUAGCAUUCAAAACAAACUCACAUCCUUUAUCCGGAUCUCAGAAAACUGCUAGGGUAAACAGAUUAUGUGUGUGUGUGUGUGUGUGUGUGUGUGUGUGUGUGUGUGUGUGUGUGUGUGUGUGUGUGUGUGUGUGUGUGUGUGUGUGUGUGUGUGUGUGUGUGUGUGCACAUAUAUGUGAGGGUGUUUAUGUGUGUGUGUUCGAUUUGCUAAAGUUGGUAUAAAUAUGUGAUGUAUGUCUAUAACAUUAAGCACAACAAUACAUGGUGUUAGGGUACCAGAGCUCAUAACGAAAUUACCCAAUAUAAAUGUGCGAGUGUAAAUUACUUUGUGUUAUUUUUAUGGUUUAAGCCUUGAUUAUUCUCAAUGAUAAACGAUACGUUUCUGCAUAGUUUUGAUUACCUCUGUUAAGGUGCAGCCCUCUAGUGCAUUGAAGGACCACUCUGGCCUGUUUGUCUUCACUCCAGGUGUUAAACUCUUGACUUGACUUGACUUGCUUGCUUAAGGAAUACAAUAAUGAUAGAGCUAGAUGCCAGCUAAGCAGAGAAGGACUAUAGAGAGAGGGGUUAGAUAAGAGUAAAAGAGGUUAGGAACACACUAGAAGGUUACUCUCUAUCCUCCUGUCCCUGGGGCAUUCUAUUUCCUGUCCGCGAUUGUCACUCAGGUGUUCCUCAGAUACACGCUGGUUGCCUGGUUACCUACCUCAGCCUCUGAUUGGGUCCCAGCUCAGGUCACUUCCUGCUUGAAGGAAACCACACAGACACAUACACAUAAACAAACAGACUCACACAGAGGAAGGGUAACAUUUGAGGACCUUGACGUUGUGUAUUAACUAUUUCACUUGGAUUAACAGUUUAUUCAACAGUUUUUUCUUUCUGGAAUGUAAUUGUAUAAACAAUUUCAUGGUGAGCUUAUUUUAUGUAUUUCUAUUUUUAUUAUUAUGUUCUUGUGUGUUUGUCGAUUGCUAUUGAUAUAUAUUUUAUUGUAAACCUACACAUCUCGCACCACGGUACAGUAUCCGUUGACCCAAAGGGAUUUGAUUAUCUCUCCCGUUCCAACUGCUCCCCUCUCUCCCUUCCCUCAAUGCUCUUCCUGUUGAUCUCAGUCUUACCUCUAAUACUACCACUGUACUACUUAAGCAUGGCAUGCUAGGGGUAGUGCUGCUUGAUAUGCAAAUCCAAUCGCAGCGGGUAUUGGGAGAGUGUUGUGUGUCCGUGAUGUACACCGCGGGACCCACCAGGCCCACGCCCAAGGCCAGAGCCACGGCACAUCCUCACCCAACCGAAAAACAACCGUCAGCGACAUAUCGUCAUGUCUUUGUAGUCAUUUUUAUGUUGUGUCACCCGUGUCGCUCAACAUUUUCCUCUCCUUUUUCUCUCUCCAUUCAUCUUUUGUACAUAAUUGUACUCAUUCUUGGUGUGAUGUUCAAAGUAUUAUGUUACGAAACGUCCAGCAUAAGAGACUCCAGGGUCAAACAUCCUACACCUCCCGUGUGGAACUGUGUAGAAUUAAUACAUAUAUAUAUAUAUAUAUAUAUAUAUAUAUAUAUACAUACGUGCUCACAAGCACAGAUGUACUUUGUACUGAUGGGAAAGAAGAAACUCGGCACCUUUCAUCUCUCAUCAGCCAUGCUCGGUUGGCUCUUCCAUAGGUUCUGUGUUGCGGCCUUGCAGGUUUUAUUAGCAUCCACCUCAAGCUGGUUCAGUGAGGGCGCAGGGGAAGUGCACAUUUACACUCACUUGAUUACUUUCUCGUGGACAAAAGGUUGGCUCUAGCAGCUGUUGCAGAUUUCCUUUCUCUGUGUUGAACCCUGGCGAACUGUGAACACUUCUAGAUAGAGCAGUCAGGGAGCUAGGUUGCUAACGUUAACGCCAUUUUUCCUUCAUCGUACCGAUUCUCUCAAACUAGCUAUAACUAAUACUCAGGUCCAUAUGAAAUAUACAGAAGGGGGAGAGCCCAGAGUUGGUGGUUUUCAUUAAGUGUGAUGGUCUUUGCCUGACGUUUAAAGUCGUAAUGUGUACGAUUAAGCUCCUCCAAUGCGGGGGAUAUUCAGAAUUACAAAAAAAUCGAUAGUGUUCUGUCCUCUCUAACUGGAUGUGCAACAGUGUGAUGCAAACUAGCAUAGCUCGACUAGGUGGCGUCUGUGGGAGUGUCAAUUCUUGUAAACAGAGAGGUACGGGCUGGCCAGCAUUUUUCCUUGGUAAAAUAUGUUAUAUGAUGGGAUUUCUUUGAUUUAAAAUCACUAUAAUUCAGCUUUGACUACAGAUAUGUCACGGUCAUUUUAAGCUUGGAACUAGUUGCAAUGUUACACAUGCGACUUCAACUAUCUGAGGCUGUUAUGCGGUUCAGCCAAGAGCUUCCUGCUUUUUCGUGUUGACCACGUUAACCUCUGGAGAGUGGAGGGUAGACAGGCUCUGGGUGACUUAGACAAGCUCCUUUCCUCCAUGCUGGCCCCAGAUGUAAAGCGCUGGAGUCAGGCCAUCCUCUGACGGCGAGCCCUGCUCUCCCUGGGCGUGGCUUCCAGUCGGAGACCUCUGCUCCAUUAUGAGGAAUCCAUCACUGUGCCACCAAAUGACCAUGCCAUAUGAUUGUGAAUCGACUACAUUUCAUAUGCAUUUAUCUUUCUGAUGUCCUGCUCCGAAACGACUGUACGUGUCAAAUAAUGCUGAAUUUAAAGAUUUUUCUAGUCAUUUAUACUGUUGUCAAAUGGUGAUGAAAUGUAAAUGUGAUUUAUUGUCUGCAAUCAGUAUUCUAUUUCUAUUCCUCUGUGCAUAAGGCAGACUAAAUCCAAUGUAUGUAAAGGCCAGUAGAGGCAGAAAAGACCUUAGAAAAGUGGAAAAUAGCAGGCGGCUAACGUGUACAUUUAGCUGAGAUGAAGUGUGGUAGUUCUUUCAUUAUUGGACUUGUGGUGAACACUGUGAUAUUUAAGCCCGGCCCGGCCCCCUAUAUGGUGAUGUUAACGUCCUAAACACUCAGUCACUCCCAUUGAAAGAGGCGGCGUGUUGAUGAAGGCAGGUUGUCGUGACCCAAACCCAAACCCAACAUACACACACACAUCCCAUCCUUGUCACCGUGACGAUGUAUUGGGGCUAGGGGUGGGCGGGGGUAAGGGGGGUGAUGUCAGCACUGUGACCUCAAGACUUCAGGAACAACGGGGUUUCUGCCUUCUUUCUUGUUGUCGCUUUUCUUUUACCGGUCGUACUCUCUCUUUCUGACGCUGUGGGUGAGUGUCACUUGUUCUUCAUGCUGCAUCUGAGGGAGAAAGGGUGGACUCACCUUACAGCAGGGCGUUUGCUGUGCUCUAAGUAAAAACAACAACACAACACACACAACAAAGCAAAAAGAGACUCGAGCCAUUCUUCCGGCCUAUCACAGCCGGCGUCGUUUUGACUCCUGGCAGUUUCCAAAACGCCGUGAUUGAAGCACCUCUGGUCUGCGGCGAGCCGGCUCUUCGUAGCCUCGAUGAGUGGGUACUCAGGUGUGUGUGAGGAGUGCCCCAGGCUGGAUGCAUCAGGGUGAAUAAACAGCCACGGCAAGGAGAGAAUGGCUGCAUUGCCCUUGCCCCCCGGUUAUGCCGCUUAUCUUCUAUGUGACGCAUGUUUAUUGGCAUUUCCUGGGAAGGCGAACUGUGUUUGGGUGCUGGUUUCAAUGUGUUUGGAUGCGGUUAUUGAUAUGAUAUACAGUCACAUGACGAGGUAUGUCAUGGUCUACCACAAGCCAUAGGUCCCAGCAGGGUAAGAGAUAUUCAAACACUUCCAAACCAGGAGAGACAUCUCGAAAACAUCCAGACGUUUUCUUUAGUAAGCCUACAUAUAUAUUUGAUUUAGUGGAUUCAUGAUAGAGGAGAAAAAGUCUGACUUUUUGUAACCACUAUAACAAGAACUUUAACAAUUACCUUUAUGCUCUGCAGUUUGUGUUCAUUACUGCAGGGUUAGAAUACGGUGCUAGCCUGAAACCAAAUGCUGUAUUCAAUGCUGUGCCCAGCCAGCACUGUAAGCUAACUCACUAAGCUAGCUCACUCUGAGCCAACAUGACGACUCCUCCUCACCAGGCUAAAGUAGCCACCCAGAGGGAGAGGGAGAGAGUGAGGAAGACAGAGAGCCAUGGAGAAAGACAGUCUCACUGUCCAUCUCUCUAUCUGUCCUUUCAACUUUCUGUCUGUCUGUCGAAUCUCUCUGUCUUUCCAUCUGACUUUCUGUCUCUGUCCAUCUCUUUCUCUGUCUAUCUGACUUUCUGUCCGUCUAUACAUCUGUCUGUCUGUCAGUGCCUCUGUCUGCCUUUACUGUAUCUGUCACACUCGAAUUCCGGUGAAGAAAUAUUUUAAAAGUUCUCAAAGCAUCAUCAGGGAUCGCUACUGUCGUUUUUAAACUGUGCUAUUCUUAAAGAUGUAUACAUAUUGACAUAUACUGAAUGUUGCGUAUGUGUGUAUGUAUAUGUGUAAAAAGACAUUGAUUGACCAUGUUAAUGGUUUGUAUCGUUUUAGAGUUCCUUGUGCAACACUGAUCAAAGAAACAACAUUGAUAAAAUAAUAAACUAGAUCUAGUAAAAAUAUA